CGCAAUCGCUGUCUUCGUUUUAUACCCUUUGUAAAUUUUUGUCUUCCGUUUCACUUUGCUUCUUGUAUUUGUUGGCGAAAGUGAUUUUCGGUUUGGUUAAUUUUCACAGCUCUGCGAAUCUUUUGUGCUUAAAUAGAAACUUUAAUCGCGUGUGUGAUAAGUAACAACGAAUAACAUUUUGUAAAAAAAUAUACCAAACUGCAAUAGAACUUUGAAGAAACUAGACAAUUUCAUAAGUGCAAAGGAAGAAAAAUUUGCAAUUUUACAUUUUGUGAACAAUGGAAAUAGGAUCCCGAACGGAGUGUGAGGGGUAGUGUUGGUAGUCUGGAUGAAAAGGCAAGGGCAGCGGAAUUGAAGUGAAAAGGGACUUGUAGACCGCUGUGGCCAAUUCCAAGUUUGUGCUCAGUAAAUUUCUUCGAUUCGGUUCGAUUUCUUCACCGCAGCUUAUUUUUUCCUCUUGUCGCAGUAUGCACUUCAUGUCGUCUUUUGUCGUAUCUCAUUGUACUUUCGUACGUUUUGGUCGAUUUUGAGUUUUUGAUUUGAUUUUUUACUCAUCUAAUUUAAUUUAAUAACUACGAACGCGUACAUAUUUUUUGAUAACAUUAUCAAAAUUGCCAUUUAUUAUAAGAAGGCAUAAAAACUGUAAAUUUCUAGUGAAAAAAAAACGAAAAAAUUUAUACAUAAUUUCAUGAUACGUAAUUUGCCAAACGUUAAAAAGUGUGAAAUAAUAACUUUGUAGUGUUUUCUAUGUAUUAAAACAUCGAAGUUCUAAAAGUUUGAGAAAGAAAAAAUUCGAUUUCUAAAUAGAAAUCCGCCCUAAAUCGACCUGGAACAACGAUUUCUGGCGACUGUUACUGCGCAGUCGACAGAGAUAUCAGCGUUAAGGUUGACGUUGGCGUUGCUAGUAUUGACGGUUACGGUGGAUAAAACGGCCGUGUACCUGGGCGCCUUUACACACCCGCACAUUCAGCCGGUCCAACCCUACGUUCUUUGCUGCCUGAUUUUGACAUCAGCAGAUUCGUGCUUUCGAUUAGCUACUCGGUGAGCCACUGCGUAGUGCUCGAGUAUCGAGCAAACACGAGCAACCCAGCAUCAUCGCGUUUGCAAUUUAACAGUUAAUGCACCUAAAGUAACAAAUCGAAAUACAAAGAAAGUGACAAACCUAAAAACUCGCCUCUGUGGAAGAAAAUAACUAACUGUGACAACCAGUCUCGGGAGUCCCAGCAUCAGCAACACUAUCAUCAUACAUAUUGGUGGCAACUCAAGUGGCAAGCAAAGGGAAGACGAAGUAAAUAAGCGAAAGAAAAGUGACUUUAAACAACCCCCUCUGCUGCUUACUCCGCAGUCGACACCAUCACAUAAUUUACCCAGCUGAGCGGCUAAACACGAGGCCAACGCAGAUUCUGACUGCUUCAAGAUGGCUUGUUUGAACACAUUGAAGUUGGAAAUAAAAACGCUGGAAAAGAUAUUUAACAAGAACCACGAGCGCUUUCAAAUACUAAAUUCCAGUGUUGACGAGCUGACAUGCCGAUUUAUUGGCAAAAAUGGCAAGCGUUAUGAUAUCCACGCCAACAUUACGUAUAGAGUAGCUGUUACAUGUGGCAAGUGCAAGUCCUUUUAAAAUAUCUGUCAAACUCAACAAUUUUCAAAAGUGAUUGCAGGAGCAGUUAUGAGGCUGCCCGAAACACCUUGCUUGUGAAGUGAUUUCGAAAGCAGUUUUUGUUCGAACUUUCCGAUGCUAGAUACUUUUGAUCUGUUUACAAAAGGGGUCUUCAUGUAAAGUGAUAAAGGGAUUAAUUGCUUAAAGUUAUCAGUUUAUCCUGUUUUUUCAUAAACAUACCUUGGUAAGCAAUUGCACAAAAUUGGUUAUUAUUUAACUUAUCUGGCUAGUAACGUUUCAUUCUUACCUCGUCCAUUGUGCAAAUUUUCUUUUUGUGUUCGUAACAAAAUCUACCACCUGGCAACAUGUCAGAGUGGAAUUUUGCGGAAAUGUAUGCGUUUAUCCACCAAUAUCGUUUGGUAAAGUGAUAAACUUUGGCUAAAUAGUUUUUCAUACAAAGUUUGACAGUUCAUUUAUCAAA